AUGUUUGCCGCCAUCAAAGCUAUCAACGCGAGGAUUCGCUCUAAUAAGACUCUCGAUUACUUCUGCUCAACACAUUUCUGGGGCCCUGCCUCCAAUUUUGGUAUACCGAUUGCUGCCGUCUCGGACAUUAAGAAAGACCCUGAAAUGCUGGCCAUCAUGUCUGUUCAGAAAAUUCCUAUUAUUAUAUGUGGCGCUGGCUCAGCUGGUCUCUGUGCUGCUACGUUCAUGGCCAGCGCAGGCAUUCCUGCGGACAAUGUCAAGAUCCUGGAACGAAGCGCGGGUCCGAUGCAGAUUGGGCAGGCUGACGGAGUUCAAUGUCGUACAGUGGAAGUAUUCGAGUCGUUUGGUCUUUCAGAACAGCUACUCAAAGAGUCUUACCAUGUGUUGGAGGUUUGCUUUUGGGCUGAAAAGGAAGAUUCUGCGUCCAGCUCGAAACAACUGGUGAGAACGAGGCGGACGGCCGACACCAUGCCUGGACUUUCACACCAUCCACAUGUUAUCCUCAAUCAAGCACGAAUGAAUGGAAUGCUACUCAAAAAAAUGCACGAUGAUGCCGGAAUAGCAGUUGAUUAUGAUUGGCAUGUUACAAAUGUCACGGUAGAUCUGGAGGGUGACUCGGAUUUUCCUUGUGUGGUCGUGGCUAAGAAGGGACUGGAUGGGCCGGAAACAACCAUGCGUGCCAAAUAUGUCCUGGGAUGCGACGGAGCGCAUAGUACCGUAAGACGCUCACUUGGAUAUAAAAUGAUUGGUGACAGUACAGACGCUGUAUGGGGAGUAAUGGAUGUCUAUCCUCAAACAAACUUCCCAGAUAUCCGGAAAAAGGUGACACUACACACAAAGAGUGGAAAUUUGAUGAUCAUCCCCCGAGAAGGAAAUUCGCUUGUUCGGUUCUAUAUUGAGCUUCCGGCCGGCACAGUAGCCAAGAGUGUGACCCUUGAGGAUUUGCACCAGACAGCCAAAAAAAUAUUUGCGCCAUAUACAAUGGACAUUGCAGAGACGAUGUGGUGGUCGGCAUACUCUAUUGGACAACGUCUUGUCGACCAUUUUCACAAAGACUAUCGCAUCUUUCUAACCGGAGAUGCAUGUCAUACACACAGCCCCAAGGCAGGUCAAGGAAUGAAUGUCAGCCUUCAAGACGGUUACAACCUUGGAUGGAAGUUAGCUGCGAUCCUGAAAGGGCAAGCGCCCAGCUCUAUACUUAAGACGUAUUGUCUGGAACGAGAAAAGGUUGCUGCUGAUUUGAUCGAGUUUGAUAGAUUCUUCUCAAGUAUCUUUUCAUCCAAAAAGGCGGAACAUAAACCGGAAAAUUUCCCGGAGCAUUUCAUCAAAGCUGGUAGAUAUACUGCUGGUUUGACUGCAAAGUAUGAUGAUUCUGUAUUUACAUCGGCCGCCAGCAGUCGACCUGAGCUGGCUAGCGGUUUGACUGUAGGAAUGAGAUUUCCGAGCACCCAGGUUGUGCGGUUAUGUGAUGCAAGAGCUAUGCAGUUGGUACGCGCAUUUCCUGCCGAUGGAAGAUGGCGGAUUGUUGUUUUUGCGGGGGAUAUUUCGACUCCUGUCUGUUCAGAAAGACUGAAUAAGCUGGCCGACUUUCUGUCCUCUGAGGUAGGCCCUGUUUUACGAGUCACCCCAUCUACUGCCGACCGUGAUUCUAUUAUUGAGCCUAUAUUGGUACUCCAUGGUGAAGCGGCUCAGAUUGAGCAGGAGCAGAUACCGGAGUAUUUUACACCAGUGAAUGGCAAGUGGCGUAUGAAAGAUCUUUUCAAAACAUUCGCGGAUUGUGAAAGCUAUAAUUCUGGUCAUGGCCACACGUACGAUACAUAUAAUAUCGAUAAAAGCGAAGGCGCGGUCGUGGUUGUGCGUCCAGAUCAUUGUAUGAUUUCCAUCCUCAAACUUGACGAAGGCUACAGCUUCUAA